AUGGCAGCAUCGACAGAACUGCAUGAGCUUAGGGCACACCUCCAGAGAUGCUUGGACGCGCUCGAAAACGACGAACUCUUGUGUUGCCACUUCCUCAUGAACGAGUACCGAGCCUAUGAAGACAUUCCCGGAUACCACCACGCCGAGCCAGAGCAAAAUGUGCGCGCAGAAGGUUUCACCCGGCACUACGAGGAAUCCGGUCUCGUCCUCCGGCACUCCGCGCCAAGAGGGCCGCACAACAGAGUGGCUUUACGAGCGACGAGGUUUCUUGAGGAGAAGUACGUCCGCAUCCUUCUGGUGUUUUUGGAUGAAGGAAAGGUCGAGCUGCCCGAUGGCACAAUGUUCCGAGGCAUAGAGAAGCAUGGAGAGUCCGUCUAA